AUGACCUUGAGACGGUUCAUGAGUUUAGUGGCGAUGGCCUUAUUGUGGACUGGCAGUCAGAUCCCGGUCUAUCUUUAUGGCAGCAUCCCUCCCUACAUCUAUCAAGACAUUGGCGGAGUGGACAGGUGGAUCUGGUUUGUAUUGGGCAACCUUCUUGCCCUGGCCGGUGUGUGCCCGUUCGUGGGUUCUCUAUCCGACUUGAUCGGUCGACGCUACGUUGCCUUGCUUGGAGCUGCGUUGCUCGUCCUUGGAAGUGUCAUCGCAACGUGCGCAAAGUCAAUGAACAUGUUCAUCGCUGGGACUACUAUUGCCGGAGCAGCGGCCGGUAUUAGUGAGCUCACUGCUCUGGCAGUCACUUCGGAACUAGCCCCUACGAGGAAGCGGGGCGCAUAUGUCGCAGUCCUUAUCUUCACCAUCGUACCCUUCGUACCGUCUGGAUUCUAUGCACAGAUGAUUGCUGCUCACUCCAGCUGGCGAUACUGCGGCAUCAUCAUCUGUGUGUGGAACGGACUCGCCCUCAUCAUCACGGCAGUGUUCUACUUCCCUCCGCCUCGACCUAAUUCAAAAGGCAAAAGUACCCAAGAAAUCCUGCGAGAGAUUGACUAUAUCGGGGGCUUUCUGAGCAUUGUCGGGAUGGUUCUCUUCAUGGCUGGCAUGCAAUGGGGCGGCUACCAGUACCCCUGGCAUUCGGCUCACGUUCUGGCCCCGCUCAUCAUCGGCGCCCUGUUCAUCGUUGCUUUCCUCUUCUGGGAGGCAUACGGCGCCAAGUGUCCCAUGUUCCCGAAGAGACUCAAACAGGACCCUCGCAUCCUGUCGCUCACACUCCUGAUCACCUUUAUCAGCGGUGCCAAUUUCUUCUCGUACCUCAUGUUCUGGCCCACCCAAGCGUUCAAUGUGUAUGGCCACGAUCCAGCCCAAGUCGGCUUGCGCGUCUUCCCGGGAGGCAUGGCCAUCAUGACAGGCGCAUGCGUAUGCCUCUGGCUCCUUUCCGUCUUCCGUGGUCGAAACAAGGAGUUAAUGAUCAUCUCUUGCUGCUUGAUGACCGCCGGCUGCGGCGCGCUGGCAUGUGCAACACCCCACAACAUGGACAAGCUGUGGGGUCUCCUCAUUCUCGGAGGUCUCGGCAUCGGUGGCAUUGUGGUCCCGGCCUCGAUCAUCACAACCAUCAUCUGCCCCGACGAUUUGAUCGCCACGGUCAGCGCCUUGACCCUGGCUAUCCGCGUCAUUGGCGGCUCCGUCGGCUACUGCGCCUACUACAACGUCUUCCUUUCCAAGUUCGUGCCGAAUGCGACAAAGUACAUCGGCGGUGCGAUGGUCGAGCUCGGCAUCACCAAUGUGACGUAUAUAGGGGAGGCCAUCACGCUCACGGGAGCGAGUUUGCUCGAACCCCUGAAGGCGAUUCCGGGACUGCAGAAUGAGACGGCAUAUCAGAUGGUCGUUGCUGCGGGACAGCUGGCGUACUCUGAGAGUUACAAGUACGUGUAUCUGGCGAGUAUUGCCGCGGGGGGCGUCAGUAUCAUUGCGGCGUGCUUCCUGGGGGAUAUCAACAAGUAUAUGGACGAGCAUGUUGCCGUGGUUAUCGAGUAA